AUGGCACCCUCUAUUCUUUUCUCUCUGUUGUCCCUUCUGUUGGUUCCAACAUGUGGUUAUGUGCAACCCCUUGAAGAGGGUUUAAUCUCUGGGGUCAUAUCUGACAAGGGUCUGGAAUAUGCCAAGGAGUUGCUGAUAGAGAAGGGUAUUGCUUCCAUUGUUAUGCUUCAGCUGCCAAAGAUUGAGAAUUCUGCCCAAGUUCCUCUUGUUGGGAAUGCUAAAGUGGUUCUUUCUGACAUCACAAUUAACGAUGUUCAAGUCAAUUCUUCAUCUGUUAAGACUGGAGAGAAUGGAAUUGUUAUUGUUAUUUCAGGUGCCAUUGUUAAUUUGAGUAUGAGAUGGAGGUACACUGUCAGCUCUUGGUUAAUUCCAAUUGGAAUUUCGGAUAAAGGAACUGCUAUAGUGAAGGUUACAGGUAUGCAAGUGGGGCUUACAGUAAAUUUAAGGAACCAAGAAGGAACUCUUAAGUUGUCUCUCUUAGAUUAUGGAUGUCAUGUGGGAGACUUGUCUAUAAAAUUGGACGGAGGUGCAUCUUGGCUUUACCAACUGCUAGUAGAUGCUUUUGAAGGGAAUAUAGCCUCUGCCGUUGAAGAAGGCAUUUCAGAGAAAAUAAAAGAAGGGAUAGCGAAGCUUGACAAUUUUUUGGCAUCUCUUCCAAAGCAGAUCUCACUAGACCAAACUGCUACACUAAAUGUUUCUUUUGUUGGCAAUCCUGUGUUGAGCAGUUCCUCCAUUGCAGUUGCAAUUAGUGGUUUAUUCACAGGGAAAAGUGAAGUUUUAGAACCUCAAGAUUACCACCAGAAAGAAUUGAAGAUUUCUGCUGCCUGUGGUGGUUUACCAAAGAUGAUAAAAGUAUCAAUACAUGAAAAUGUGUUCAAAUCUGCUUCCCAAGUUUACUACAAUGCUGGUAAAAUGCAAUUGAUUGUUGAUAAACUACCUAAUCAGGCCAUAUUGAACACUGCUGAAUGGAGAUUCAUAGUUCCCCAAUUAUACAAGCGAUAUCCGAAUGAUGAUAUGCAGAUUAAUAUCUCUGUAUCUUCUCCACCAGUUAUACAAGUGACAUACCAAGAUAUUGGUGCAACUAUUUUAGUAGAUAUAACAAUCGAUGUUCUGGAAGAUUUUGAAGUCAUACCUGUUGCAUGCAUCUCAGUGGAAAUUAGUGCUUCAUAUGCUGUAGAAGUUGUAGGAAAUGAUAUUAUUGGUAGACUCACACUACAAGAAUUUUCGGCAUACUUGAAAUGGAGCAAAAUAGGGAAACUGCACAUUCAUCUGAUUCAGUCAUUAGUGUCAAGUCUCCUCAAAACUGUUGUUCUUCCAUACCUGAAUUUCAAAUUAAAGAGAGGAUUCCCAUUACCAAUUAUUGAUGGUUAUGGCUUUCAGAAUGCUAAAAUCUUGUACAACCAUCCAUGGAUUGCAGUGUGCAGUGAUGUUUCCUUCUUAGAAGAUUACUAUUUUGGUCACCGAUCAUCUUCAUCUUAUGUUUCAUAA